GUGAACCAGCAGCCUUACUUGGACUGCAUUUGUAUACCCAGUACAACAAAAUGGAGCAGCUCAGCCAAGACAGAAGGGACAAGGAAGAAUUUCACUCAGAGCAACUCAACAGCAGCAGUGGGUUUGAACCAGGUCGAGCAUUCCUAAAAGCGGAUCCCUGUGACUUUCUGUUGGAUGCCAUUGACGCUCAGCUCGGGAAGCUGCAAGUCAAGCAUCAGCAGCAUGACCGUAUCGAUUCAGUUGCACCUUUUAGGUUGAGUCAGUCUUUGAGUAAAGAUACCGGUCUUGGCAGCACAGUGUCCCGCACAAAUGAUACCCAAAUGUCCUGUCUGGAACUGCAAGGUACUCCAGCAGUGGAACAAACACUGGAGAGCACAAGCUCCGUGGCUCCUGCAACACGUGAAAUGGCCACGUGGGAACUGGACGUAUGGACAAGCAGCAAAGUGGAGAUGGAGUCUCACAAAGAACAGGUCAUGUGGAGACUAGAGAGACUUCUUGGAGAAACUUGUAAGCAGGGGGAUAUGUCAAGGGACCCUCAUCCUCCUUCCGAAAGUAUUUGUACGGAAGAUUUUGUGAGGUGCUUUAGAGAGGAGAUGGUAGAACUGGCAUUGCCAGAGGGGAGCAUUACAGAACUCAACAAAGAGGACGCUGAAAGGACACUGACGACAUCAGACGUGGACCCUUGCGUAUGUGACCAAAAUGGUACUAGAAGUUCUAAAAACACAGCUAGCGUUCCCUUUAUCCAACAUAAGCCAGACCAAAGUGAGGAUCUGGCAAGACGUCCUUCUGGAACAUCUGGAGUUCAGACUUCACACGGUGUCUUUUUCAGCACAGAGGUUGAAAAAGAACACCAAAACCCAAAGCACAUUUCUUCUCCGAAGGUCAGGCGGUUAGCAGGAGUACCUGUGUGGAAUUUUGACACAGUGUCCAUUGACAGUGACCUUGAUUCGGUCUGCACAGAUCAAGUCAGGCAGGUCCUCCACAGACGAGCUGUUCAACGACCCACCGGAGCUGUUCGAAACAAAAGUACUCUGCAUAAGAAGCAGCAUACAUGGAGAACUCUGUCUAUGGAGGAUGAUGAUGACAAGGAAGACUCGAAAGGACACCGGAGCAGGCGGUCCAAGCUUGAGCAAGCCUCAGAGAAGAUGCACUCAGCUUGGGAGAAGAUGAGCGAGCGCCUCACUUCCCUCAGACAAAAAUGUGAGAAAGAGGAGGAGACUCUCCGCAUGAAAAAGUCUCAUUUAACAGAGGUCGAACUCUCCCUUUCUGAGCUGCAAUUGAGAAGAAAGCAUGCCUUUCAUGAUCUUGAGCGGCUUAGUACAGAGACUGGGCACCUAGAAACAGAGAAGAGGGAGUUAGAGGUCUUGCUCAAGGAUUGUAAAGCAGAGGUGGACUCAUUAAGUUGCCAGCUGCAGAAACUUCUAAAGCAAAAGGAGUCAUUCCUCUGUCAAGUCCGGAAUUUGCAAGAAGAACUAAAGAACAAACAACUUAAGCAGCUGUCUUGCAUGGAAAAGACCAACACGGUGAUGUCGGAGCUGGAGAGACAGUUGGCUUCUGCCAAAGCUGAACUAUUCGCCGAGCAACGACGGGCAAGAGAGAAGCAAGAAUCCAUGCAACAAAUGCUGGAGGACACUUGUGAGGAACUGAUGAGGGCCUCAGAGGCAGAGACCUCACUGAGGAACAGAUGUGCAUGUCUAGAGGAGACGCAGAAGCAGAAAAACAAGGAGACAGAGGCUCUGGAAUGUCAAGCACAGGAACUAGAGGGAAAACUUGGAGCAUGCACAGUCAAGGUGGACACCCUGGAGAAAAUGUUGGGUCAGAAGGAACAACAAGUGCAAGAGCUACAGGAACAGCAUGGAGGCUUGCAAACAGAAAGAGACAAACUAAAAGGAGAGCUCGAGUUCAUGAAAAGCCAACAGCGCAACGCUGUUAAAGAAGCUGAAGAACACGCCCACGCAAUGAUGGAGGCAGCGCUGAAGCAGCAGAGAAAAGAUUUAGCCUUGGUUCACGAAGAGCAAGUACAAACGCUGAGAAAUUCACUGAAGCACCAGAAGGAGGAGUCAAGGAAACAUGAAGAAGAGCUGCAUGCACAAACAUUACAGAAGGUGCAAAAAGCCAUCGAUGAGGAGAGGACAAAGUGGGAGGCAGAGAAGAUUGCAGCUGUACACUUCCACUGUGGUUUAUUAGAAGAACAGAACAGGAGGAGCCUGGAAGCUACCAGGAGUGAGAUGCAUCGAGAGAACACCAAGGCGCUUACUCUUCAGCGUCAUGUGACGGAGCUGCAGAAUCGUGUGCACGAGCUGGAGGCUGAGCGCUCUUUGCAGCAGCGAGAGCAGGAGUCUCUGCUCUCUGCCAUUUGCAGGUCGCUCAAGCAGGAGCAACAGGAGGAGCUGGACAAGUUGCAGAAACACAUGCUGCAAGAAAGUGAGAAGACUGUAAUGAAGCUUGAGCAGGCUGCACAGCAGGCCAAGGAGGAAACAGAGCAGAUCCGCAAGAUGCUUGAAGAGCAGCAGAUCAUCCAAAAUGAAGUCAGAGCUGAGCAGGAGCAGCAACUCGCGGUUUGGGCUCAGGAGCUGGUGGCGGAAUGCGAGUUUCUACACCUCUUGGUAGAGAAGAACGGCGGCCAACCAAAUACUGUGCAGCUCCCUCCUGGCUCCACCAUAGACGAGGCUCUUGUGCAACUGAAAAAUCAACAAGACUCAUUGAAGCAUUUGAUUGAGUCCCUUCAUCAAGAGGUUGAUUCUCAAAGGCAAGCGAGUCAAGAGCUGUUCAAAGACAAGGAACGAGAGUUGAGGAUUCAGAGGGAGCAGAUGAGGAUGGAGAGAAACCAAGCCUUGGAUUCUCUGAAGGAGUGUCUCAUUCAGGAGCACAUUGAGGAGCUCAGUAGUUUGAAAUGGUCUCAUGUGAGUGACGGCGGACUGGAGGCCUCACUUCGCAAGCAACUGGAGGCCAAAGACAUGGAGCUGAUGCAAGUCCAGAAGAACAUGACUCAAUGGAAGGAACAGACCACUGCCCGACUAGCCUGCAAGUUUGAGGAAGAGUUGACUGCCGAAUUGGAAAGGUGCAGAACAAAGUUAUUAAAUGGCAGAAAGACGUCAACGAAUGAAGAGGAAAAGCUGAGGGUAGAAGGUCAAAGAAAGCUUAGUGCAAAGCAUCACGAUGCUCCGCAUUUGGACUGCUUGACAUACGUCUACGCUGCCGCUGCCCCCCAGAGCCCUUCAGAUGUGGCCUCAUUAAAACUUGUGCAUUACUUGCAGAGCAGAGUCAAGCAGCUCCGUGUAGAGAACCAGCCAUGGAUGCCAACAGGAUCUAACCUUCCUACACUUGAGCAAGAGAGUCUGAAAGCCUGAGAGCCUCGCCUAUCAGGCCAACCACAAGUUAAGGAUUUGAAACGUUACAGUAUUGUUUUAAAGAUUGUCUUGUCACUUGAGGCGAUAUAGCUGUAGCAUUUUGCUUUUGUAUCUUUUACAAUGACUCAUUCACUGUUGCCUGUACUUAAGAUAGGUCACGGUGACAAAUGACACAAGGUUUAGUCAUCUUUUGAACUUUCCUCCGUGUUGAGGUUUUAUGGUUUAACAUUGCAGAGGUUUACAGAUUUCACUGAAAUCUCAUAAAGCUCUUCUUUGUGGGAAUCCCUUAUAUGCUCAUAAAUGUUACAUCAUGUUAAGUUGUAAAGGCUAAACCACACAAAGAUACAUUCAACUUCUGCAAUAAACAUUUUGUCAUCUAUAUGAACCAGAA